UUCGUCACUCUCCGCUCGAAUAUGGAGUCUCUCAAAUCCUCGUUCAUAUUCUCUCCUCCACUCCUACCUCGUUCGUUUGAAUUGAAUCAAACAUUCUUGAAGAAGAAGAAGAAGAAGCCCCUUACUGGACGUAAGGUAAUGCCCGUUCACUCCUCAGUCCAGCCAGACCCUUGGUCUCCCAAAUACGGCGACCCUACUAGUCCAAAGCCUAGGAGCAGGAAUCCCAAGAAGCCUUUGUCGGAUGACAACGCUCGUCGCAUUAUCAAGGCCAAAGCUCAGUACCUGAGUGUUUUGCGUAGGAACCAAGGUCCACAAGCACAGACGCCGAGGUGGAUCAAAAGGACCCCAGAGCAGAUGGUUCAGUAUUUGCAGGAUGAUAGGAAUGGCCAUUUGUACGGCAAACACGUAGUGGCCGCUAUCAAGAAGGUGCGAGCUCUGUCCCAGAAGGCAGAGGGAGAGUACGAUAUGAGAAUGGUGAUGGGAUCAUUUGUGGGCAAGCUUAGUUUUAGGGAGAUGUGCAUUGUUCUCAAAGAGCAGAAAGGGUGGAGGCAAGUCGGGGACUUCUUUUCUUGGAUGAAAUUACAGCUGUGCUACCGCCCAAGUGUUAUUGUCUACACAUUAGUAUUGCGUGCAUAUGGGCAAGUUGGAAAGCUUAAACUUGCUGAAGAGACCUUCUUGGAGAUGUUGGACGCAGGCUGUGAACCAGAUGAAGUUGCUUGUGGCACUAUGCUCUGUUCAUAUGCCAGAUGGGGGCGCCAUAAGGCUAUGUUGUCAUUUUAUUCAGCAGUAAAAGAAAGGGGUAUUGUAUUAUCUGUCACUGUCUUCAACUUUAUGCUGUCUUCUCUACAAAAGAAAUCACUGCACAGGGAGGUUGUGGAGAUAUGGAGGGACAUGAAGGGAAAAGAGGUGAUGCCUAAUAAUUUCACUUUUACGGUUGUCAUCAGCUCAUUCAUCAAAGAAGGAUUGCGUGAAGAUGCUUUCAAGACUUUUGAAGAAAUGAAGGAAGGUGGAUUUGUUCCUGAGGAGGUAACCUACAGCCUACUUAUUAGCUUAAGUGUGAAAAAUGGCAAAAAGGAUGAAGCAGUAAGACUAUAUGAGGAUAUUAGAUCUCGAGGAAUAAUUCCAAGUAAUUACACCUGUGCUUCACUCCUAUCUUUGUAUUACAAAUACGAGGACUACUCUAGAGCCCUUUCCCUUUUCUCAGAAAUGGUGAGCAAAAAUAUUCCUGCUGAUGAAGUCAUAUGUGGUUUGCUUAUAAGAAUUUAUGGAAAGCUUGGCUUAAAUGAGGAUGCUCAGAGAACAUUUGAAGAGGCAAACCAGCUGGGCCUACUCACUGAUGAGAAAACAUAUUUAGCAAUGGCACAAGUCCAUCUUACAUCAGGAAAUGUAGACAAGGCCUCAGAAACUAUUGAACUCAUGAAGUCUAGAAACCUAGGGUUCUCUCGAUUUGCAUAUAUUGUAUUAUUGCAGUAUUAUGUGAUGAAAGAAGAUUUAAUAUCCGCUGAAGAAACAUUUUUAGGACUUAAGAAGAUGGGACCGCCUGAUGCUGGUUCUUGUAAUGAUAUGCUCAACCUGUAUGUGGGACUUGGCUUGAUUGAUAAGGCCAAGGAUUUUAUUGUCCAAGUAAGAAAGAAUCAGAUGCAUUUUGAUGAGAAGCUUUAUCGUACAGUGAUGAAGUUUUAUUGUAAGGAGGGAAUGGUACUAGAAGCUGAAGAGUUGACAAUGCGUAUGGCUGAGACUGAAUCUUUUAGAGAUAAUAAAUUCUUCCGGGUGUUUUAUUGGGUUCUUAGCAAACACAAUAGACAUGAACAAUCUGAUGACAAACUCAUGGACAUUGAUGAACCUGACACUGUAGCUCUUGGGCUAAUGCUCAGUUUAUAUCUGACAACUGGAAAUUAUAGCAGGACAAAAGUGAUAUUGGAGUUACUUCUUGAUUCUGUUGCUGGGUCAAAUACGGUUAAUCAGCUUAUUAUCAACUUUGUCAAAGAGGGAGAAAUCAGCAAAGCAGAGACUAUCAGUCAUCAAGUAAUGAAGCUUGGAAGAUUGGAAGAUUUUACUGUAGCUUCUUUGAUUAGCUAUUAUGGCAAACAACAUAUGCUGAAACAGGCAGAAGAUAUCUUCAGAGAAUAUACCAAUUCUCAUAGAUCUGGUGAACUAGUAUAUAAUUCUAUGAUUGAUGCAUAUGUAAAAUGUGGUAAACAAGGUGAGGCAUGUUCACUUUACGAGCAAGUAACAGAGGGAGGGCAUGAUCUGGGUGCUGUUGGAAUUAGCAUUCUUGUGAAUGCUUUGACUAAUGGAGGAAAACAUCAGGAGGCUGAAAGUGUUGUCAGAAGAAGCUUGCAAGCAAACAUAGAGCUUGAUACUGUGGCUUAUAACACCUUUAUCAAAGCCAUGCUUGAAGCAGGAAAACUUAAUUUUGCUUCUAGUAUUUAUGAGCACAUGUGUUCCUUCAAAGUUGCUCCUUCUAUUCAAACAUUUAACACAAUGAUAAGUGUUUAUGGGGAAGAUCAGAAGUUGGAUAGAGCUGUAGAGAUGUUCGGCAAGGCUCGUACAUUGCCUGUGACUUUGGAUGAAAAGACAUACAUGAAUUUGAUUGGCUAUUACGGGAAGGCUGGUAUGAUACAUGAUGCUUCACUGCUGUUCAGUAAAAUGCAUGAAGAAGGGAUAAAACCUGGAAAGAUCAGUUAUAAUAUUAUGAUCAAUGUAUACGCUAAUGCGGGGCUCCUUCACGAAGCAGUGGAACUUUUCCAAGCUAUGCAAAGACAAGGCUGUUCACCUGACUCUCUUACCUAUCUUUCCCUUAUUCGGGCAUAUACAGAGAGUCUGAAGUACUCAGAAGCUGAGGAAACCAUUAAUGCUAUGCAGAACAAAGGCGUCUUGCCAUCCUGUGCCCAUUUUAACAUUUUACUCUCUGCAUUCACAAAAGCAGGGCUUAUCGAUGAAGCCAACAGGGUGUAUAAGAGACUAUUGUCUUUUGGUUUAACUCCUGAUCUAAUAUGUUUCCGAACAAUGCUGAGAGGUUACCUGGAACAUGGGCAUGUGCAAGAAGGUAUUAACUUCUUUGAAAGUAUAAGCAACUCGAUAAAAGGAGACAGGUUCAUGUUGAGUGCUGCUGUACAUUUCUACAAAACUGCUGGUAAGGAAAGCAAAGCUGAAGAAAUAUUGAAUUCAAUGGACAAAUUGGGGAUCCCAUUCCUGAGGAAACUUGAAGUGAGGUCAGGGUCAAAGACUCCAUUAGAAAACAAACCCAUUUAAGCAAUGGAUUUGUAGGAUAUGACUAAUGUAACAGCCGAGUAUUUUCUACAGGCACUGGAUGGUUUAUUGAGGAGACAGAUAGAGAGUGGUGGCAGGUGUGGUCCAAUAUCUUAUAUUUGUACAGUGAAUUUACACCUUUGUCCUUUUAUGGGUCCCAAUCUACCCUGCUGCUUUGGUUUUUGACU